AUGUGUAGUCUACUCUUACACUACACUGUCUUAAUUUCAAAUUUUGCUGCACCGCUAAGAGUUGACUGGCCGACGGUAGACGGACCACUGGGUUUAACAGAGCAAGACUCCGUCGAUUAUGCGCGUAGAUUCUUCAAUUUCGGGUUUUACUCCCAUUAUCAACCCGAGCUCCGUCGCUAUGUUGUCAGGUCAGCAAUUGGUUUCGCGGUGUUUGCUGUUCUUCUCUCAACUUGGGCUCUUACCUUCUCCAUUGGAGGAGAGCGCCUAUUUGGUCAUGCUUGGGACAAGCUAGUAAUGUACAACGUUGCUGAGAAAUAUGGUUUAACGGGGUGGAUCUAGGUACUUAUUGCAUUUCUUUGUGGUCGAAGCUGCUAGAUACAAGAUUUGUAUAUAUUCUUCACUUGAAAAGAUUAUCUGACGUUGGAACUUCUCAGUUAGACAGUUACUAUGAUACUGUUAAGGAGUGAUGAAACCAGAAACGAGGUGCACCUUUUGAACUCAUUGUAUGCAAAACCUAAAGAUGCACUUUACGGAUUGGAAGUAGUCAUUUUGCUCCUUUGCUCUCUC